GUCUGGGAACAAAGUACUUGUGACUGCUUACAGUGGUGCGCGCUAAAAUUCAAAUCACCAUAAAAUCAGAAGACAGCAGGGAGUGGACGUAUUUUUUCUUAAUAUUGGAACUGAUAGUUAAGACGCCUUGUAAGGAAGAAAAUAAUUAACGAUUAAAAGGCUAUACUCUUACUAUGAAGGUUUGAUGCUUUAUCAAAGUGUCCUUUAUUGUGUUGCAAGCUAGCAUUGCAUUCUAACAGUGCAUGGCCUGUCAUGAAGUGACAAUGUGCUAGUGGUAACGUUAUAAGUUGUUUAGCUAACUAGCUAAAUAAGGGGAACUCAUUAAUUCAUGCAAGGUAGUGUACAGUACUAUAGGCAUAUUAAAUGACGGAAACAUGCCAAAAUCAGGCGACGCGAUACUUGCCGAGAGAUAUUCGCUAGCUAGCAGAAGCUAACUUAGCUACACUACGUUAGCCAAGUUACUUAGCUAAUCUACCAAAUUGUGUUAGCUACCACUCAUUAAAAUCAGUUUAACGGCAUCCCAUUCUAGAAGACAUAUGUAUAGAUACGUCACAUCAACGGCUAAUACUGUAUUUUAAAAUUCGAGUUUAAAUUAUUCUGGAAAAUAGACUAGCUCGUUAGUUAACUAAACAACGUUAUUUCAGUUGCGGUAACUUCAUUUCCGGUUAAUUAUCUGUAACUUCCCGGGUUUCAUACUUAUUUAUGUAAUUUAGGUGGUGUUGUGCCAAGCGUAGAGAAACUGCAUUGCUUUAAUUUUGCAACCAUUGAUUUCCAAUUCGGCGAUCGUUAGCUAGCUAACUGAAUUGAGAGUUGCUUGCUGUCAUCGCAUCAAGACAGCCAGCUGAGAAGGCCAGUGAUUGACAUCUAAGCAGGAUGAAAGAGAGCCCCAGAAGGCCUUUAAUCCUCAAGAGGAGGAAGCUCCCCUUUCCAAAAACCGAACCGGAGGUCUCCCAUGAUGAGCCAGAUGGACUACAAAACAAAGAAACUUCAGCACUCUCAGGCACCCGGUGCUUCCCUAACAAUAUCCGCAUCAUUGACCACCCAACAUUACCUGACACACAAGUUGUGGUUAUACCCAAGACUGCAGAUCUCCAGAGUGUCCUUGGUGCCCUCACUGCAAAAGGCAAGGAAUGUGGGCCCCUGGGACCCAAUAAGUUCAUCUUGCUGAGUGGCGGAAGUGGAUGUUUGGAGGAUUGGCCGGAGUCGCUCUGCGUGCCCACCCUAGGAGACGGGGAUAGUUCAGUUGGAAACCCUAUUGCUGUCAACACAAAGCCAGGGGGAGGAAUUCUUCUUAGAGAUGGAAUCGAAUGCAUCAUGGAUGCCAACCCUCCAAUCCCAUUGAAACAUUUGAACAAGGAGCUUGACUGCAACCCACUGGAUGACAGUCUGACCAAUAUCCAAUGGUUGGGGGGGAUGAGUACAGAUGGACUAGCACCUAACCCUGGGAAGAAAGACCAUAACAAGGAGAAUCAGGAGUCCUGCCCACAGCUUCACCAGCCACCCAGAGGCUGUGACGAGGGACUGUGUGGCAUUAAGGACCCUCAGUCGGAGAGACCCCCUUACUCUUACAUGGCUAUGAUCCAGUUUGCCAUCAAUAGCAAGAAGAACAGGAGGAUGACCCUGAAGGAAAUCUAUACUUGGAUCGAGGACCACUUCACAUACUUCAGAAAUGUGGCCAAGCCAGGCUGGAAGAAUUCCAUCCGACACAACCUCUCCCUGCAUGAUAUGUUCAUCCGGGAGACCUCACAGGAUGGCAAGAUAUCCUACUGGACCAUUCGUCCAGAGGCCAACCGCUGCCUGACUCUAGAUCAGGUCUACAAGCCUGUGGUAGACCUGACUGCCUCCACUCCCCCACAGACUGUGCAGGUCUGUGAGCAACAACCUCUGAAGCGUGUCAUUCCGGAAGUCAGGAAAGCAAUUCUUCCAAAUACCACAGAGAGAAAGAUGAAACCUCUCUUGCCUCGCACCGACUCUUACCUGGUCCCCAUCCAGCUUCCCCUCGCCCCCUCUCUCUUCCUGCCCUCUGCACAGCUCCCCCUGGCUGCACCACAGCCGAACUGUAGCUCUUCAACUGCUGGUGUCCAGGGAGGGGGUAAGAGGGUUCGAAUAGCUCCUAAGGUCCUACAGCGUGCCCCACUGCACAGUUCAGCGAAGAAGGAGGCGUUCGAUGCCGCGCUGUCCCAUGAGUUUGGGCCGGGCCACAGCAGGAAGGAGGUCGGUGGUUCCCGUCGAAAGCAGCGCCUGGCCACUCCCUCCAGCGAGGAGCCCGUGCUGCUCUACCCUGACAGCACCUUGUUCGACUCGGGCCUGGCCUCCGACCUCUCCGCAUUCCAGGACACGCAGGACGCCGAUGCAGAACCAAAGCCCGAGUCCGACAGCCCGUGCAGAGGGUACGCCUUCAAGACUCCCAUCAAAAGCACCCGCCCUGCUUCCUCCACCCCCAGCAAGCCCCCCGCCACACUGCCCGAGUCGUGGAGGCUUACACCCCUGGGGAAGGAGGGUCACAGCGUGCUGGACUUCAGCCCCAUUCGCACGCCCCGUAACACCACCCUCACCCCUCAGCGACACAAUCACACCCCCUUCAGUUUCAGCAGUACACCAUUCAAGGACGUGCCUCUCUUCAGCUCCCCCCGCGAGCUCCUGACGUCCGCUCCCCACUCCCCUCCUGCCCGAUCCUGCUCCCGCGAGCUGCAGGUAGGGGGCGCUGCUGCGGCCAACCGCUCGCUCACAGAAGGUCUCAUCUUGGACACCAUGAACGACAGCCUGAGCAAGAUCCUGGUGGACAUCAGUUUCUCAGGCCUGGAUGACGAGGAGCUGGGCAUGGCCAACAUCAGCUGGUCUCAGCUCAUACCAGAACUGAAGUGAGGCGUCGCCUAACUUAUCACUGUGCUUUCAGUCCUAACUGGGACUCAUUUUUAUACUUCCUGUUCAAUACCAAGCUGCUCAGAUGUCUUAUAAAUAUAUUAUAUAUAUUAUAUGUGCCAUUUUUCAUUUUGUGCUUUGUCUCUAAUCUUUCCAUUGGAUUGCCUGGAUGUUCCUGUGUCACUAAUUUGUCAUGCCUGGGUCGCAGGCUGUUUUUUUAUCUGUCCGUGUUUUUGUUUCAUUUUAUUAUAGAUCGUUUUGCAGGCUUUACUCUUGAAGAGAGUUCUAGACAUGAGCGAGCAUUUGCAAGUCUGUUUCUUUGUGAUUGAUGAAUGUACAUACCAUCUGUCCACUUUAAAUUUGCACAUUGUGUAUAUUUGUAUUGGUCUAGCUGUUUAAAAUGAAAUGGGAUGCAACUAUUUGUCUAAUCUUCUUGUAAGACACUAUUUUAGUAUAUUUAAAUGGAUGCUUAUUCUAAGUGACAGAUCUGCUAUUUCUAUUAACUAUUGGGAGCAACUGAAUUUUGCGUGAUUACAUAAUAUGUAAAAGCAGGAAAUAAGGGAAAAAUAAAUUAUAGAUGAACAAUG